AGAGACACACACCACAAACCUGACACGCUCCAUGUUUCUCGAAGGAGAGAGGAUUAUGAGCGCCUUCGGGCAGCAGCCAUCGCCGCAGCAGCUGAGCCCGGUGGCCAACCCUAGCGCGCAGGACAUGUUGGACAUGGCCGCCUACUGCGACAAUCUAAGCGCCUACCACCACCAUCAACAGCAGCAGAGCGCACAUCACCCGUCACCCAGAUCUUCCGUUCAUGCUCAGGCGUACGGUCUGACCGAGUACGCAGCUCCCGGUGCUAACCCUUACCUGUGGCUGAACGGGCCGAGCAUUGGCACCGCCACCUCUCCGUACCUUCCAGGAGGCACAAACGGGGCCUCCACCUACAUGCAGGCUGGUUAUGGAACGAGUCAGCGACAGUUCCUGGCACCUUCAGCCGGUUUCCACGGGACUGACCUCGGAUGGCUGGCCGUCCCGGGACAACAGGACCUUUUCAAGAUGGUUCGACCUCCAUACUCGUACUCCGCUCUGAUUGCCAUGGCUAUCCAGAACGCACAGGGCAAGAAACUCACACUCAGCCAGAUCUAUCAGUAUGUCUCUGACAACUUUCCGUUUUACAAAAAGAGCAAAGCAGGCUGGCAGAACUCCAUCAGGCACAACCUGUCGCUUAAUGACUGCUUUAAGAAGGUCGCACGGGACGAGGACGAUCCCGGCAAGGGCAACUACUGGACUCUGGACCCGAACUGUGAGAAAAUGUUUGACAACGGUAACUUCAGGAGAAAGAGGAAGAGACGAGUCGAUGCGGUAAAAACGGAGGACGUUAGCGCGCAAAAACUGGCGGAAACGGCGAGCCUAGCUGGGACCGUGCAGCGUUCACCGAGUCCGAGCGACCCCAAAACCUCACCAGGACUCACCCCGUGUUUCAGCACGUUCGUCAGCACCAUGAAUUCGGUGGUGACAGGAAACGGAGACGGGAUGAGGGCGCGGGACACCGGUGCGCUGCUGGCGGAUUUAACACGGGGUCGUGAGGGUGUGUCGCCUCUGAGCUCCUACUGCCCCGGAGAAUCAGCGCCUCCGAGCGACCCGGGACACAUGAACAGGCUGAGUUACUACACCCCCGGUCUCGGCAACCACUUCAGCGUGAACAAUUUAAUCUACAGCCGUGAAGGAACCGAGGUUUAG